AGGAUUGGCCACUAGCCUAGCUUAACUUCUUUCAGAGUGAAGUAACUGGCAGCUUUUUAAACUGUAUUUUCAGAGUAGCUUCCCCAACAGUGUCAUUUAUACACAUCAUCACAUAAUUUACACAUCAUUGGAAAAACCCCAUGGGGAAAAAAUGAUCACUUCCAUAUCGGUGCAGCAUUAGCUGAGUGUACUCCUGUCCAGUAGGUUGCGGUAUACAGCUGAACUUGGUUGCGCUAGCUGUUAUUGAUGAAGAAUUGUGAAAGCCUCUUAAAAGACCGAUUUAUCAGAUCGCCGGGUUAGACUGCUAGAUAAGUAUUCAAAUACAAGAGCCGAAAUGACUACUGCUCCAUACAACUACUCCUACAUCUUCAAAUACAUUAUUAUUGGGGAUAUGGGUGUAGGGAAAUCAUGUCUGCUUCACCAGUUCACAGAAAAGAAAUUCAUGGCAGACUGCCCCCACACUAUUGGAGUCGAGUUUGGCACAAGGAUAAUCGAGGUGAGCGGCCAGAAGAUCAAACUGCAGAUCUGGGACACUGCGGGACAGGAGCGCUUUAGGGCCGUCACACGCAGCUACUACAGGGGAGCAGCAGGGGCACUCAUGGUCUAUGACAUCACCAGGAGAAGCACAUACAACCACCUUAGCAGCUGGCUGACUGAUGCUAGAAACCUCACCAACCCUAAUACUGUGAUCAUUCUUAUUGGAAACAAGGCAGACUUGGAGGCCCAGCGAGAUGUAACCUAUGAGGAGGCUAAGCAGUUUGCUGAGGAGAAUGGUCUAUUGUUCCUAGAGGCUAGUGCAAAGACGGGUGAGAAUGUGGAGGACGCGUUCCUGGAGGCAGCCAAGAAGAUCUACCAGAACAUUCAGGACGGAAGCCUGGACCUGAACGCCGCCGAGUCUGGUGUCCAGCACAAGCCCUCCGCCCCGCAGGGUGGACGGCUGACCAGUGAACCGCAGCCUCAGAAGGAAAGCUGCAGCUGCUAAUGACCCCACCCACUGACCCUUCAGCUGACCUUUGCCCCCUGUGCCACAGCCUCCCUCUACCACCCAG